CACAACCUUAGACACAACACAAAACACAACACACACGAUGGCCACCCCGCAACUCGAUCUCAAGAAGCCCGCCGAGCCCGCCGCCGACGCCAAGGCCGAGGUCAAGGAGGAGAAACUCAGCAGCGACGCUUUGACCAAGUAUCAGACCGCUUCGGCCAUCUUGGGGGAUGUCUUGAAAAAGUUUAUCCCUACUGUUGUGGAGGGCAAGUCGGUGCUCGAUCUCUGUAACGAGGGAGACGCCUUGAUCGUCCAACAAGCCUCUACCGUCUACACCUCCAAAAAAGCCCUUAUCCCCAAGGGAAUCGCCUUCCCCACCUCGCUCUCUUUGAACAACGUCGUCUCCCACUUCAGCCCUAUGCCUUCGGACAAGGAUGUACCGGUCUUGAAGGAUGGGGAUGUGGUCAAGGUCAUGAUGGGCGUGCAUAUCGAUGGGUAUGCGAGCGUCCACGCUGAGACGCUUGUGGUUGGAGCAGGGGAGGGGAAGAAGGUGGAGGGUGUCAAGGCGGAUGCUUUGAAGGCUGCUUGGGAGGCUAGUCAGGUCGCUAUGCGAUCGAUCAAACCUUCCACCAAGAACUUUGUCAUAACCGACAUCGUCCAGCAGAUCUCCAAAGACCACGCCUGCAUCCCCGUCGAAGGCAUGCUCUCCUGCACCCACUCUCAAAACGUCACCGACGGCGCCAAACGGGUCAUCCUCAACCCUUCCCCCGAACAAAGACGAGACCACCCUACGGAGACCUUCGAAGAAGGCGAGGUCUGGGGUGUAGAUGUCCUUGUGGUGACCGGGGCGGAUGGGAAAGCCAAGACGGAAGAGAGCAGGACGACGAUUUACAAGCGAGACCCCAAGGUGAAUUAUCAGCUCAAGAUGCAGACUUCGAGAAAGGUCUUUUCGGAGGUACAGAAGAAGGCCGGGGCGUUCCCUUUCACGUUGAGGGUCUUGGAGGAUGAGAAAAGGGCGAGGAUGGGUGUUCAGGAGGCCGUUCAGCACGCCCUCUUGAGGCCUUACGAUGUCGUCCACACCGCUCCCGGAACCUUUGUGACCGAGUUCUUCUUCACCCUGGCCUUGUUGCCCGCUGGACCUCUGUUGCUCUCCCCCGUCCCCGUCUGGUACUCGCCUGAAAAGGUCAACUCGGACAAGGUCAUCGCGGACGAAGAGCUCAAGGGAUUGUUGGGCAAGAAGUUGAGGGACGACAAGAAGAAGAAGAAGAAGGGUGGGGAUGCUCCUACGACCGCUCAGUAGAUGAGGCGAUGAUGAGGGCGGGGCGAAUGCAGCGUAUAUAUCGGUCAUCAUGUUGGGUGCGAAAAAGAAUGAACAAUGGAAUUGGGUACGAGGUUGCGGAUUGACGGAUUUAAGAGCGUUCAAUGGAUCGAGUGGGGUCUCGCCGUUCGUUAUUAGUCUGCCUUGCAGAUC